AUGGGCAAUAGUUAUCUCCGCACUUCCAUCACCCCUCCCCAUUCUCCCUCUUUCCAUCACCCCGCCCCAUUCUCCCUCUUUCCAUCACCCCGCCCCAUUCUCCCUCUUUCCAUCACCCCGCCCCAUUCUCCCUCUUUCCAUCACCUCGCCACAUUCUCCCUCUUUCCAUCACCCUGCCCUAUUCUCCCUCUUUCCAUCACCCUACCCCAUUCUCACUGUUUCCAUCACCCCGCCCCAUUCUCCCGCUUUCCAUCACCCACCCCCAUUCUCCCGCUUUCCAUCACACCACCCCUUUCUCCCGCUUUCCAUCACCCCGCCCCAUUUUCCCUCUUUCCAUCACCCCGCCCCAUUCUCCCGCUUUCCAUCACCCCGCCCGAUUCUCCCGCUUUCCAUCACCCCGCUCCAUUCUCCCGCUUUCCAUCACCCCGCCCAAUUCUUCCUCUUUCCAUCACCCCUCCCCAUUCUCCCUCUUUCCAUCACCCCGCCCCAUUCUCCCGCUUUCCAUCACCCCGCCCCAUUCUCCCUCUUUCCAUCAUCCCGCCCCAUUCUCCCGCUUUCCACCACCCAGCUCCAUUCUCCCGCUUUCCAUCACCCCGCCCAAUUCUCCCUCUUUCCAUCACCCCUCCCCAUUCUCCCUCUUUCCAUCACCCCGCCCCAUUCUCCCGCUUUCCAUCACACCUCCCCAUUCUCCCGCUUUCCAUCACCACGUCCCAUUUUCCCUCUUUCCAUCACCCCGCCCCAUUCUACCGCUUUCCAUCACCCCGCCCCAUUCUCCCGCUUUCCAUCAACCCGCUCCAUUCUCCCGCUUUCCAUCACCCCGCCCAAUUCUCCCUCUUUUCAUCACCCCUCCCCAUUCUCCCUCUUUCCAUCACCCCGCCCCACUCUCCCGCUUUCCAUCAUCCCGCCCUAUUCUCCCUCUUCCCAUCACCCCGCCCCAUUAUUCCGCUUUCCAUCACCCCGCCCCAUUCUCUCGCUUUCCAUCAGCCGGCUCCAUUCUCCCGCUAUCCAUCACCCCACCCAAUUCUUCCUCUUUCCAUCACCCCUCCCCAUUCUCCCUCUUUCCAUCACCCCGCCCCAUUCUCCCGCUUUCCAUCACCCCGCCCCAUUCUCCCUCUUUCCAUCACCCUGCCCCAUUCUCCCUCUUUCCAUCACUCCACCCCAUUCUCCCGCUUUCCAUCGCCCUGCCCCAUUCUCCCGCUUUCCAUCACCCCGCCCCAUUCUCCCGCUUUCCAUCACCCUGCCCCAUUCUCCCGCUUUCCAUCACCCCGCCCCAUUCUCCCUCUUUCCAUCACCCCGCCAUAUUCUCCCUUUUUCCAUCACCCCACCCCAUUCUCCCGCAUUCCAUCACCCCGCCCCAUUCUCCCGCUUUCCAUCACCCCGCCCCUUCCUCCCGCUUUCCAUCACCCCGCCCCAUUCUCCCUCUUUCCAUCACCCUGCCCCAUUCUCCCUCUUUCCAUCACCCCGCUCCAUUCUCCCGCUUUCCAUCACCCCGCCCAAUUCUCCCUCUUUCCAUCACCCCUCCCCAUUCUCACUCUUUCCAUCACCCCGCCCCACUCUCCCACUUUCCAUCAACCCGCCCUAUUCUCCCUCUUUCCACACCCCGCCCCAUUCUCCCACUUUCCAUCACCCCGCCCCAUUCUCCCUCUUUCGAUCACCCCGCCCCAUUCUCCCGCUUUCCAUCACCCUGCCCCAUUCUCCCGCUUUCUAUCACCCUGCCCCAUUCACCCUCUUUCCAUCACCCCACCCCAUUCUCCCGCUUUCCAUCACCCCGCCCCAUUCUCCCGCUUUCCAUCACCCCGCCCCAUGAUCCCGCUUUCCAACACCCCGCCCCAUUCUCCCUCUUUCCAUCACACUGCCGUAUUCUCCCUCUUUCCAUCACCCCGCCCCAUUCUCCCUCUUUCCAUCACCCCGCCCCAUUCUCCCGCUUUCCAUCACCCCGCCCCAUUCUCCCUCUUUCCAUCACCCUGCCCCAUUUUCCCUCUUUCCAUCACCCCACCCCAUUCUCCCCCUUUCCAUUGCCCCGCCCCAUUCUCCCGCUUUCCAUCACCCCGCCCCAUUCUCCCUCUUUCCAUCACCCCGCCCCAUUCUCCCGCUUUCCAUCACCCCGCCCCAUUCUCCCUCUUUCCAUCACCCCGCCGUAUUCUCCCUCUUUCCAUCACCCUGCCCCAUUCUCCCGCUUUCCAUCACCCCGCCCCAUUCUCCCGCUUUCCAUCACCCCACCCCAUUCUCCCGCUUUCCAUCACCCCGCCCCAUUCUCCCGCUUUCCAUCACCCCGCCCCAUUCUCCCACUUUCCAUCACCCCGCUCCAUUCUCUGUCCUACCAUCACCCUGCCAAAUUCUCCCUCUUUCCAUCACCCCUCCCCAUUCUCCCUCUUUCCAUCACCCCGCUCCAUUCUCCCGCUUUCCAUCACCCCGCCCCAUUCUCCCUCUUUCCAUCACCCCACCCCAUUCUCCCUCUUUCCAUCACCCCGCCCCAUUCUCUCGCUUUCCAUCACCCCGCCCCAUUCUCCCGCUUUCCAUCACCCCGCCCCAUUCUCUCGCUUUCCAUCACCCCGCCCCAUUCUCCCGCUUUCCAUCACCCCGCCCCAUUCUUCCUCUUUCCAUCACCCAGCCCCAUUCUCCCGCAUUCCAUCACCCCGCCCCAUUCUCCCUCUUUCCAUCACCCCGCCCCAUUCUCCCGCUUUCCAUCACCCCGCCCCGUUCUCCCUCUUUCCAUCACCCCGCCCCAUUCUCCCUCUUUCUAUCACCCCACCCCAUUCUCCCGCUUUCCAUCACCCCGACCCAUUCUCCCGCUUUCCAUCACCCCACCCCAUUCUCCCUCUUUCGAUCACCCCGCCCCAUUCUUCUGCGGAAGGGGUGGGGUGA